CCGCUGCUGGGCCCACAUUUAAUAGCAUGCUUAAGUACCGUGCCUUUUACAGUCAGAGCCUGUUUCGCUGUAAAAGGCUGUGCUCAGAGAUCCCUUCGGAGGGACCCUGAGAUGCAGCGGCUUACAAGCUCUUAGACUGCAAUUGAGCUCUUCUCCGCAGAGCCCAGCCCCACGCUCCCCCUAAGCCUCGGCCUCCGGGGAACUUCAUUUCCCGUCGGGUUGCGGGGCUCUGCGCACGCGCGUUAGUACCCUCAGCUAUGGCGACCGUGCUGUCCCGUGCGCUCAAGCUCCCAGGGAAGAAGAGUCCAGAUUUAGGGGAAUAUGACCCUCUCACCCAGGCUGACAGUGAUGAAAGUGAAGAUGAUCUUGUUCUCAAUCUAAAGCAGAAAAAUGGGGGUGUCAAAAAUGGGAAGAGCCCCCAGGGAGAAGGGCCAGAGCCUGAUUCCGAUGCAGAAGGAGUGGGACCUGCCAAGCAGCAUUUGUCAGAAGUCACCACAGAGGGCUACCCUUCACCGCCUCUUGGCAGUCUGGAGCAAAAGACGCCAUCUUCACUUGUGUCUCACGUGCGCACGCUGAUCUUCUUGUUCACCGUCCUGAUUUCGAUGAUACUGGUGUUAGUGUGUGCCUUUCUGAUCCCUUGCCCUCCCAGAGAUCUGCAGAAUAUGUGGAGCCGCAAUUUAGGCCCAGAAGGAGGUGGGGGCUUGUCUCCACUGGAACUGGUUGAUGUGAAUGGUGAUGGGUUGCCUGAUGUCCUGCUUUCCUUUGUGAACCUAAGAAAUGAGAGUUUAAUAGGUGUCCCGAAGCCCCGGGCCACCCUGCUAGCUCUUUCAGGGGUAAAUGGUAGCACUCUUUGGACCACUCCUCUCUCAGAGGAGGCACAAAGUUUACAAUGCUCUGGGCUAACUCCAGUAGACUCAGCAGAAGCCAUCUGUCUUGUGACUGGGAUAUCCAAGCUGCUCAGUGCCCUCAAUGCCACUUCAGGCAAAGCCAUUUGGACUCUAAACCCAAGCCACUUGUCCAAUGGGACUUUGGUCUCCUCAGCUGUGGUGCUGCCAGAUUUGGAAGAUGAUGGAGUUAGAGAUCUCCUGGUUCUGACCACUAAGCACUUACAGGGAGAGCUCUGUUUCCUGCUAGUUUCAGGCAAGACAGGAAUUCCUCUGGGCCGGCCUGUGAAGUACAACAUCGUGAAAGAGGGCAAUCUGGUUGGUCCUCAGGUUUACAUCACCACACAUGGGGCGAUCUAUAUACUGUUUGGCUUUGGUAACAUUCAGGCCAUUGCCCUGAGGGAUAUUUUUGUCCAGGCCCUAAACCGGGACAGCUCACCGCCUUCGUUGCAGAUAGAAGAACCAGAUUGGGAGAAGAGAAGAUCCGUCAACCUGUCUGAGCUUAUUGACGUUUAUAGUGAUGAGGUUGAAUUCCUCCAGUUGGUAAAAGCACCGGAUAGCAACUACAGCAACCUCCUCAUCACAACCAGACAGGGCCUUGUCUUUCUUCGGGGUCAAGACCUUGCACGUCAUUGGAUGCUGAAUCUCCAAGGCCUACACAGCCAACCUACUCCUGGGUAUUUCACAAAUGACCAGACCUUGGAUUUCCUGCUGGAGGCACAGUACGGAGAUGGGAUGAAAAAGGUGAUGGUGAUAGAUGGUAAUUCAGGUACUGUCAUUUGGAAUUCCAGUCUCUCAUGUCACAUGAAAGAAUCAGCUGCCACUUCAGUGAUGACAUCAGACCAAAAAUCAGUUUUUCUCUUUUGGGCUGAAAACCAGUCAGCAGCACCAUCCAAUUCAGAUCUCAACUCAGGAACUGAGCCAUCUGUGCUCUACCAUCUUUACCUUUUACAUCCAACCUUCCCCACAAUCCUCCUGGAUCUGGCUAAUGACACAGGCAAUGUGAAUGCUUCAGCAAUUGGAAUUAAUGAUGUCUGGAAAGAUGCUUUCUAUGUUACCAGGAAAACAGGGCCUGGGUCUGAAAACCAUCCGAGACCUCUAGUUGUCAGUAAGGUGAACUUGAGGUGGGCCCUGAUGGAGAGCCAGGUUGUUGUGCUAAAGGAGACAACCCCAAAAAUUGGCCGGGGAGAACUUAGAAGAUUCCUUUCUAGGCUAAAGUUUGUUUCUUCUCAGAAGGUCUAGUCUGAAGGUACCUCGGAUUUCAGAUGGAACUAAUGUGAACCCUCUCUUUAACCUAGAAUCUUCUCAGUCAAGUCUGUAAAAUCAGGUAUAUGGAGAAAGCAAAAGGAAGCUUCUUUCCCCACACUGUCUUGCCACCUCUGUAUAAUUAACACAAAGCACUUUGGAAAGCAGGCUGUUACUACUUCAUAACAGUCCCACCUGUCUGGUAAUGGUAUGUUUAACUUCCCUUCUUGACUUUCGUAUUGAGACCAUCCACAAGCUUUCUGUGGGUUGUUUAAAAAGGGUGUGUGUGUGUGUGUGUGUGUGUGUGUGUGUGUGUGUGUGUGUGUGUGUGUGUGUGUGUGUGUGUGU